CCUUUACUAAGCUCUUUGUUUUUCGUUUCCUUUUAGAGAGAGAAAGAGAAGCGAAAGAGCACUGGUCUCUUCCACUUCUUCAAACCCUAGAAACCUCUCCUCCCAUUUUUCUUCAUCAAACCCUACUGUUCUUCCCUCCUUUUCCUCCAUUUUUCACUUUGCUGCUCGCUUAUGCAUAUGAAAUCAUCUGAUUUUCCUUCCUGAAAACCCCUAAUUCUCCCUUUCUUCUUGGGAGGGUGGGGUCCCUCCAUCAGUUGGUUGAAUUUGAAUUUGAAUUUGAAUUUACGAGCUGUGAUUCGUUGAAGAUAUGUAUAGGGAUCGAGGAGGCGGAGGGGGGAUUGGUGGUUCGUCGAAAUCGGAGAUCGAUCGGAAGCGCAUCAACGAUGCUCUCGAUAAGCAUCUGGAGAAGACUUCUCCGUCUACUUCUAGAGGUCUUCAUAGUAAGGAGAAGGAGAGGCUCUCUGUACCCUCCACUUCGACUGGUAAAUCACAGCUCGAUCAUCGUUCCGUGCCUCUACCCAAGAAUAAAUGCUCCGAUGCAGAGGAAUCUGAAACAGACAGCGAAGAGUCAGAUGUCAGUGGCUCAGACGGAGAUGAUACAUCAUGGAUUUCUUGGUUUUGCAAUUUGAGGGGAAAUGAAUUCUUUUGUGAAGUUGAUGACGAGUACAUACAAGAUGAUUUCAAUCUUUGUGGCUUGAGCAGUCAAGUUCCGUACUACGACUAUGCACUUGAUCUUAUUUUGGAUGUUGAAUCUUCUCAUGGUGACAUGUUCACUGAAGAACAGAAUGAAUUAGUUGAGUCGGCUGCUGAGAUGCUGUAUGGUCUUAUUCAUGUCAGAUACAUCCUAACUGGCAAAGGAAUAUCUGCAAUGCUAGAGAAGUUUAAAAACUAUGACUUUGGGAGGUGCCCAAGAGUGUACUGCUGUGGACAACCAUGCCUUCCAGUUGGGCAGUCAGAUAUUCCUCGUUCAAGCACAGUAAAGAUAUACUGCCCAAAGUGUGAAGACAUAUAUUACCCUCGUUCAAAAUAUCAAGGCAAUAUUGAUGGAGCAUAUUUCGGAACCACAUUCCCGCACUUGUUCUUGAUGACAUACGGUCACCUCAAGCCACAAAAAGCAACACAGAGCUAUGUUCCCAGAGUUUUUGGCUUCAAGCUUCACAAACCAUGAUUGAGUUGGAGAGCAUCAUCAUCUUGGGUUGAGAUCUUCAAUAUUCAUCCAUGCAAAUGCGCUGCCCGGUGCAAUACUUCUAAUAAACGACGCUGCCGAUAUGUGCUUACUCAUAGUUCUUCCAACGGUCAAGGUAAAAGCAGUUGUUCAGAAAGUAUUAAAAUGAUUAUUAAACAAAAAUGUUCGCAAUGCAAAAUUGUCAUAGUAGUAGAACAUGCCUUAUUUUCUUCUUAUUAUUGUCAUUUCAUGAAAAUAAAUAGUGUUUGUAAGUUUAUUUCUUCUUUAUGGGUUGUUAAUCAAAUUACUUGCUGUUAUUCCUUCCA